AUGCUCGCUGAUCCCGACUUCGUUGUUGCGAUAUUGGGUCCACCCAACGCAGGCAAGAGCACUCUCUUCAAUCGACUCCAAUGCAAGGAAAGAAAUAAGUCAUAUAAGCUGGGAAGCUCGUCAAAACGCGUGAAUGGAAGGAUCUCGAGCAAAGCGAAUUCGAGGGGAAAUGCAAUUGUCUCCCCGAUUGCCAAUACGACGAGAGACCGACGACAAUGCUGGGGACGGAUAGGUUCUACAGAGUUUCAGUUGAUCGACACAGCAGGUGUUGACGGAGAUCGAAUUCAUCUUCUGGGGAAGUCGCAAUCAAAAGAACCCAUUCUUGAAAAGUCAAUGAUGAUGCAGACGCUUGCUGCUGCAGAGCAGUCAGACCUUAAUUUGCUCGUAUUUGAUGGCAAAGUAGGAGUCUCACAUGAUUUGGUUGCAACAGCAAGAUGGUUACGGAAGCUCGGCAAAGACUCCCAGGUGGUCAUUGUAGCCAAUAAACUUGAAGGCGACUCUUGGGCAUACGAAGGCUCAGACGUGAUGCAAACAUUAGACGAGGUUACUCGCUUGGGUUUCGGAGAAGCGAUCACAAUAUCGGCCUUGCAAGGAGAUGGAAUGGUAGAUCUUGCAGUUCUAAUCGAGCAAAUGAAAACAAACAAAAAAGUGAGGGAUGUAAAAAGUGGGGUAUUAUCGAUACCAGAUGGGGGUGCGCCAGCAUCUGUUCCGGACAAGCCUAUCCAACUUGCAAUACUUGGACGGCAAAAUGUUGGGAAGUCGACUUUAGUGAACAAGCUUGUGAAAAGCGAGAGAGUGCUGUUUGGGCCUACCCCAGGACUAACACGGGAUGCAAUUGCAGUUGACUACGAUUGGGAUGGCAAGAAAGUACAACUAGUCGACACAGCAGGGAUUAGAAAGUUCACAAGGCGUGCUGAAGAUUCUAUCGAAGACAUGGCUGUAGCGGAUGCCCUGAGAGCCAUGAAAGUGGCAGAGGUUGCUGUUCUAGUUGUCGAUGCCAAAGAGCUUUUCUUGCAUCGACAAGAGCUCGCCAUCUGCAACGCAAUACUAAACGAAGGGCGUGCUCUUGUGAUUGUUGCAAAUAAGGUCGACUUGCUUGAAAUGUCGAGUGACUAUGGGCCAAAAGAUUUUGCAAAGCAAGUUCGGUUGCAACUCGAGACUGCCAUUCCGAUGCUUAGAAACACGCCAGUUCUGCCGAUGAGCUGCCACACAGGAGAGGGAGUUUCAGCUCUUUUCCCCGCUGUGUUGGAUGCGAAGCGUCGAUGGUCCAAGCCAAUUUCAACUGGCUUGUUGAAUCGAUGGUUGAAAGAAGUGUCUAAUGGAUCGCCUUUGCCAGUGGUCGGAGGCGUGAAAUCGAAACUUCGCUAUAUAUGCAUGAAGAAAGCAAGGCCCCCGACAGCUAUAAUAUUUACGAAUGUGGACCAUCUUCCGGACUCAUAUCUACGGUAUUUGACAAGGCACCUCCAAGAGUCUUUCGAACUCUAUGGUAUGGCAAUCCGGAUCAUUGUGAAGAAGAGCGCAACGAACAAUCCGUAUGUCAAGAAAAAAGGCAACCGUAGCGGAUUUGGUUUGGGAGGUAGAGAUGCCCGCAACCGACGACGAAUAGCCGAGUAUCAAAAGAAAUCAAAAAAAAGGAGAGUAGACUGA